UGGAACGUGAAAGUCGACGGAGGGCCAACGCUGCGGAUGAAAACUUCGAUGCGAUCUGGAAACAUUUGAAAAGCGCAGGCGUGCAACGGUUUUUUCGUGGCAUUUUUUUCGAGUGUGGUGGCUGAGUGAAAAUCAAACGCAUUUCGUGCAUAAUUUGUGGAAUUUUACACGUUGUAAAAUCAAUUUUAUUGUGCAAACUAAUUUUUUGCAAUUUUGUUUGCUUUCCGUUGCUGUGCGGCAACAUAUGAAAAUAAUGCAGCCACAUUAAGCGGGCAAACAAUAACCAAAACAACAUCUAAAGAGUCAGCAGCAUUACAGGGCACUAAAACCGGAGGAAGAGUGAUCUCUUCGGGAUCAGGAUGUCGGCAGCCACGCACAUGGCGAUGCCGGCCCAUGCAGUCGUCCCACCACCCGGAACUCCGCCGGUUUUGGGGGGCAGCGGGUGCUCCAAUCUCAGUCUGCCGGCGGGAAAGCGCGGCCACAAGCGCAGCGUUUCGCUGGAGAACAACGCUCCGCUGACGCUGCGGAGCACUCCUAGCUUGGGUCAGUCCUCCCUGGGAUCACCCCUGCUGCACUUUGGGCAGGGCCAUGGUCAAGGUCAAGGACACGGGCAGGCCUUCCACACGGGCACAUUGAAGUCGCGACAGGAGCAGCGCCGCCUGAGCCAGAAAUUUGGGAGCCACAGCAAUCUGGACGACGAGGGCGUGGGUCUGGGAGUGGGCGUGGGUGUGGGCAUGGGCAUGGGCAUGGGCCUGCAGAUGCGCAGCAAGUUUCAGAACAUACGUCAGAUGUUUGAGCUGAGUCGCAGCUGCGUGGGUGGCGGGGGCGGCGAUGGCCGUGGGGGCGGGGCCGAGGAGGAGGCCAUGCAAUCUCUGCCAGCAACAUUGCCGCAGCCGCAGCAACAUCAGCAGCAACAGCAGAGGCGGACCACGCCCAUUGCCGGCGGAAGUCGCCAGCAGCAGCAACAACAAUUGGGCGAGCCGGAACAGACCAGCGGCAACUUUCUGCGACCGAUCGCCUUCAAGCCCAUUCCGUUUGAGCCGGACUAUCGCAUUGCCUGCCAACAGCAGCAGCAGCACCAGCAGCACUUGCAGUUGCAGCAACAGCAGCAGCAACAGCUGCAGCUGCAACACCAACAGCAGCAACAACAGCAACAGCAGCAACAGCAGCAACAGCAACAUCAGCAACAUCAGGCGCUGCAGUUGUCGGCGGAGGGCGGACAGGCGGGGAGCGGGGCCGAGCGGUACGGCUACGGAUCGACGCCUUCACUUGCCCCACUACCCACCGCAGUCGCCCAGAAAUUUGGCAGUACCACUGAUUUGCGACACCUGGCUGCCCGGCGUCGCAAUCAUCGUCUACUGCAGCGCUCCAGCAAUGAGGAUGCCCUGACCCUUGACCUCUUGAGUACUGGGAGCCACGACAGACCCGAUGGGGCCAGCAGCAAGAGCAGCGGCACAGUGGUGGGCAGCAGCGACCUGACGCCCUCGCCCUCGGACUCCGGAAUCUCGGAACUGGAGGCGGCGCUGAAGGAUCGCGACUCGGAGCUCUCGUACCUGCGACAGGCCAUGGAGCACAAUGAGAAAGACAAGGAGGUGUACUGGGAGCACGAGACGCAGCGGCUGAGGCUCUUCUACGAGGGCCAGCAGCGGGAGUGCCAGCUGAAGCUGCGCAAGAUGGAGCAGCUCCUCGGACUGCAGCAAUUUCAGCUGAAGCAGCACAAGCUGCGCCAGUCGGAGCAGGUCAACCGGCUGCAGCAGCAACUGGAUCUGGCCAGGGACGCCGGCCAGGGGCUCCAGCAGCAGGUGGACGCACUGCGUCACCAACUGGAGGACAGCGAGUGGCGCGUCUGCGAGCGCAAUGGGGAGAUAGCUUUACUCAAGACGCAGCUCAAGGAGGCGCAUCUGGAAAUCAAUAUGAAAGAUCAUGCGAUUGUCAGCCUGAAGCACAGCAGCAACACCAACAGGAGCAGCAGCAGCAGCAGCAGCAGCAGCAAUACCUGUGACACAACCACAAGCCAAAGUCAACCAAAGCAGCAGGCGAAGGAGGAACAGCAGCAACCGCAGCAACAGCAACAGCCGGAGUUGCAACAGCAACAUCAGCAAUAUCAACAGCAGCAACAGCAACAGCAGCAACAGCAACAGCAGCAACAUAAUCAUCAGCAACACAACCAUCAACAACAGCAGCAACAGCAGCAACAGCAGCAACAGAAACAACAUAAUCAGCCUGACCAGCAGCAAUUGCAGAAAAUCAUUUCGCUGAAGGAUCAGGUGAUUGGAGCCCUGACCAGCGAGUUGGCCAAGCUGCGCAAGGAGCUCUCCGAUCUGGCCAUUGCCCAUGAGUACGGCGAGGAGCCGUGCGGCCGGUACACUCGACUUAAGCAGCAGUUGGACAACCUGAACGAGAUCUGUCAGAAGACAAGAAAGUACACAACAGCAACAGCAACAGCAUCGCCGGCAGCAGCAACAUGUCCCCAGGAGUUGCCCAAAUUGGAUGUCCUGGUGCAGCGAUUGCAAGUGGAUCAGGGACAGGCGCCGCAGCAAACGCUGGACACCCUCAUCGAGGAGUCCACCACAUAUGCGGAGGAUAUAGCCAAGCUGCGCCAGAAACUGGACGAUUUUCGCUUGAAUCUCGAGCUGGAGAAGCGCCAGUGGUGCGCCGAGAAGGACAAGGUCCUGGGCUACCAGAAGCAGCUGCAGGCCCACUAUAUCCACAUGUACCAGAAGCUGCGCUGCCUGGACAGCGGGGGAGCAGCAUCUGGUCAACUGGAGGCCACCAAUGGCAACUGAAGGGGCUUGGGGGAUUGCAAUGGUGCUAUCGUCGCUGAAACCAUGGGGAAACUGCCCCUAACAUAUAUAUUUAUUUUCCACAACAGAUGAUUUUAAAAUAAUAGUAGUAUUUGCUUGUUCCAUGAAUGCUAAAUUAGUUCAAAAGUAAAUAUAAAUUCUUGCAAAUGUAAUACUAUAUACAAAUGUAAAGAACUUACAAAUUUUUCAGUUCUGUAAUUAAAAACAGAUGUUCAGAAGUUCAAAGUUUCUAAAUUGUUGAAAAAAAAAACUAAAACAUAUUUUGUUAUCCCUUAAAUAGCCAUACUACUAUUAUUUUUAACAGCUGUACGCAAAUAAACUCUCUUAUAACUAAUCAAAACGAUUGGUUGAAACAUUUUCAUAGACAAAUGUUUUUAAUAUAUACAUUUUUCUGAUUUUAAAUCAGUAAAGAAGUACCGAAAGCUAAACCUUUUAAAAAUUAAUACUUCUUUGUUUGGUAUCCAUGAUUUUGCUGGUAUAAAGUGUACACUGUUUAUACAGUCAAAAUAACCGUGUUUUGGAUACUGUUGCGCUAUAUUUAAUCUAUAUAAAAUGAUUAGGGUUAGUGGAUAAACACAUUAACUGGUCAACAGCUCCUCUACUCUUACCUUUACUACAUAGUACCAUUGGGGUUUGAAGUUGUGGUACCACAAACAUUUUUCCUACUUGACCAGUGAGUUAGGACUCUUUCCUCCCUUCGGCGAUAAAUAAUACACGAUUUUCGAUAUUACUAGAGUUGAUACACACAAAACUCUUUUUUUUGUUUUUAAUAUUUUACAAAUAUAUAUAUGUAUACUUUUAAUUUAUUAAAUGUAAUUACAA